UUGUCGUUUAGUGUUUAGUGUGGUUGCGCAAAACACCGGUUGUCAAGGCAAUGACAGUUGCCUUUCUAUCGCGUUUGCGGUGUUUUCUGUGAACCUGUUCAUAGACAAAACACUGCGUUCAAAGCAGUUCGUUGGAGUAAAAUUACACGCUUUGGGACCGCGUGUAACUUGUAAUCAAACGCUUCGAGUUUUCGAGGGAUACUGUGCGUUGUUUGUAGCGGAUUAAAGCAAUUGGAUUGAAGUGGAUAACAUUGUCGUCCCACGGAAGGCAGCUCUGGUUGGAAAAUAAUUGAAUUGUAGCAUUGUAUCUGCAAACAACUUCGAGUGCGGGAAGAAACGGAACAGAAUCAAGUUUGUGGGAUGUUUCAUGCAUUGGGAGGAGGAGAAACUACAUUGCAUGUCGUUCGUAUUAGAUUCAGUACGAUACUCUCAACGGAAAACGUUCACGAAAGUUCACGGAUCGUAGCAAUAAGAUCUUCCUAAAAAAUUCAUCUUCUUACAUAAAGUAGUCUUGAAAAUCGUGGGUUUGAUUCACAAACGUAUCUUGACCAAACACAUUGCGAAGUACGUGUCAAAUUUUUAAAUGAACGUAUUGUAAUCAGCGAUUUGGACGUUUGUUGUUUGGGACAAAUCCAUUGAGUGAAAUCUUGUUAUUUGAUGCAUUCUGAAUUGUUAUGCAUCGAUUUAUUUCACCGUAGAAUUGAAUAUUCUUGUAAAUUAGUAAAGCAAAUCAAAUAUGAUAUAAAGUUGCAAACGUCUUCAUAAUGACAGAAUCCAGCUUUGGUAGCAAAACUCUACUGACGAUAGGACUUUCCUUGUUGGUCGUCUUCACCUUUCUUGGUAACAGCUCUGUUUUGCUGGUUCUACUUUGCCGAGCACGACGACUGUUGAGGAAACCGCUCUAUGUCUUCAUCUGCAAUAUCUGCCUAUCGGACGUCUUCGCGACACUCUUUACGAUGACUUUUGAAGUGUAUGAAGAAAUAACUCAUGAAUGGUGGUUCGGAGGAGAACCCUCUUGCAAGGUAGUCGAGUAUUUGGAAAUGACUUUAUUUGGCGUGAAUAUCUUCACGCAUCUCUCGAUAGCAAUCGAACGCUUUCGUAAUGUCGUGCAACCUUUAAAACCGCCUAUGAAACUAAAGAUUGCGAAGAUUUUGGUCGGAGUUUCCUGGGGUGUUCCUUCAGUGUUAUCGUUACCGUAUUUGUAUACAUUACGCCUAACCGAAACUAGUGAAGGAAAGUUUAUAUGCACGAGCGUGACCAUGCCGUUGAUAUGGCUGGACAAACUGUUUCUAAGCGUCGAACUGCUUGUAGUCUUUUUAAUUCCUCUACUGGGUACAGCCGUCUUAUACACAAUGGUGAUACGAAAGCUCUACAAGCGAAAAAAGCAAGCGGACGUGGUCCUACCUCAGGCAACGCAAACGACAAUGCGAGCGGCAGCAAAGUACGGAUCACGCGUAUCGAUUGCAGUCGCUACCGUGUUCGUUACGUGUUGGAUUCCAUUCGUGGUUGUCUAUAUUGCGCGUUUGUUUAGUAGCUCGGAUUCGGUGAAUCGCACAAGUACUUUGUAUGUUUUUGCACUUUAUUCCUCUUUUGUGAGCGAACUCUUGACCCCCUUACUCUAUUGUGCUUUUGAUCGCAACAUUAAACCGGCAUUAAGAGACACCUUGAGAUGUCGCUCAAGGAUUUCUGUACCCAGCGAAGAAUCGGUGAGCGAAGUUAGCGCCCCGAGAGGUGGUGGAACACAAGUUCAACGUUCAGAAGUCGCAUCGCGGGUUGCACGUACCUCUCGAAUAGGUAUGGCAUAGUGCUAUAUAUAUAGAGAGAUAGAGAGAUGGUUCUGAAAUGCGUCUCUAUAUAGUUGGCAUCAUUUAGAUGCCAGACCAGAUGAUGACACAUGCAUGUGUAAAUGCAUGGUGUAUCCGACACAGUUAGUGAAGUAUACUACUCGCAAGUAUACGGGCAUCAUUCUGUAUAGUGUAUAUUCUUAAAAUGCAUCUUUCAUAUUCUUCAUGCACAGUCGAUGCCUUUGAGCUCGUGAACAACUGCACAUUAGCGAGAACUGUUGUCACACGGCAAGUGUAUAUAAACGCGAUCUGUUCAUGCGCAAUCUAGCUUGAUUAUAUAUGUAUACUACUUUCUAUUGUAUAUUACUUGAUUUUUACUUAUUUUGAAGGAUAGUUUACUAUUAGUUCUUUGAACUGUUAUGUCCACAAGAGUGUAUAUAGUUUUUUUUUACAUGCAAUUCUGUGCAAUAUAUAUCUUAAUACAUUUUGACUGCAUGUUACAUGUUUGCCCUUCGGUGUUUGCAUGUGUCUGACUUGAUAUGAAUUUUUAACGACGGCACUUUAUACAUAGCUACCUUGUCUUUCAUAGCCGACCUUAUUACAAGAAUCUUAUUUCCGUGGAAGCCUGCUAGAACUAUUGCUAUAGAUAACAUAUAUAAACUGUACAAAUACGCCUCGUUUUUGUCUAUAUACUAUAUGCAUAUAUAUGGACAUGCCAUUCAACCUAAAGCUGUGGCAACAAAGUGAACGUGCCACCCCAAAUGACUGCCUUAAACAAUGUUUUUCGGAUUGUAUAAGUUGAAUUAUAACCUUAUAAUGAGUACUUUGCGUCUCGCUCGUGUUUUUCAGCACUGCCGUUGAAGGGGAAAGUCGCAAAAAGCGAAACAACAACUUUCACUAUAGCUGAC